AACUAAGCCGGAAAUUAGAUUAAAUUUAAACGAUGGUCGUUAAUAGGGCGGUAAAACCAAAACAUAUAUUUAGUCAAAAAAAUUCCCCUGAAAGAUGAUAAGCUUCUUGAAAGCUUACUGAGAGGUUUAGCUGCAUAUAUAAAAUAAAAGGCAAUCUUGUUUUCAGAUUUAUUUGAAAUUUCUCAGCUUAAGCAAACACAAUGUCCCGAGUCUUGGAAAUAAGAGCGAUUCUUUUGAGCUGCAUCCUCUAUGGCGUUGCAGGCCAGGAUUGGAUGAGAACUUUUAAAGUGGUUAAAGCCCCGAUUGCGCCUGUGUGUAAUUGUCAAAGUGCAGGAAUCGAACGUUGCGGAUUGAGCAAUCCGGAUGGUCUGGGGAUCGACGUGAAAGUAACCGAUGGUUACUCCAGACCAGGUGAAUAUCCCUGGGUGGUUGCCCUCUUCCGCAAGGGAAAAUUCUUCGCAGGAGGUUCUCUAAUUAAACCGGGAGUCGUCCUAACCGCUAGUAAGAUACUGGAAUCCAAGGUUGCAGAGGAUAUUAUAGUCAGAGCUGGAGUUUGGAAGAUUUCAGCCCCAGCCGAACAGCUGCCACAUGAGGAGCGCCAGGUGGCCAGUAUUGUGCGACACGAGAAUUUUACGUUUGCCACAGGAGAGAACAACAUCGCUCUCCUGUUCCUCAGCUCGCCGUUCGAGUUGAAGACCCACAUCCGAACUCUCUGUUUGCCCAGGCAGGGAAAGUCCUUUGAGCAGGGACGCUGCUUUGCCGCCGGAUGGAGUGUAAUACCGUGGCUUCACCUACGAUUCGAUUUGCAAGAAAGAAUUUCAGUAACUUUGGUCAAUCGAGAAAUAUGUGGAAUAAAAAACAACGGCAGACCGGAUUUCGUGCUGGGAAACGGAUUGAUCUGCGCCGAAAGAGUUGAGAACUUGAGUGCUUGCACAUUAUUGAGAGGAUCUCCGCUCUUCUGUCCCACCGAGGAAGACCCAGCACGCUACGAACAGGCCGGCAUCGUUGACAGCGGGUGUAGCCUCACGGCAAUCUACACAAAUGUGGCUUUUUACCGCAAUUGGAUUGAUCAACAGGUGGCCAAUAGGCCGCAAUUUUAGGAUCUCAGCCGUUAUAUAAAAUGUAAAUACACUUUGUCUUUUAAGAAAUAUCUUCUUUCAGCUCCAAAUUAAACAAACGGGUACCUUAUGUUAA